AACACGCUCCGAAACGAAUAUUCGCGUAUAGAGAUCACGAAGCACAAGAUUGUUGGAACUAUCGAGUUUUAUAUUGAACGUGUCUGUUAAGUUUCUUACGAGUUUAUUGAAAAACGCAUGUCUCCCGUUAAACCGAACAGAACUCUUCGUAAACAAUAAUCAUACUACAUUGAGAUUUUAUAUAUUAAAUCGACCGAAUGCGUUUUACAUUGAAUCGACUGCAUCGAGUUUUAUAUUACACCUGACUGUUACAUUUCUUACGAGUUUAUCGAGAAACGCUCGUUGAACUAGAUGAAAUUUGGCGAUAUUAAUUUAUCAGAGAAUUUAUAUACGAGUGCUCUCUCAAAAGAAGACUGUUAUAUCUUGCAAGAACGUCGCCUGUAAACAAAUAUAACAAUAUUAAGGACGAAAGGACUGCGAUCGCGCAACAAUCAUAACAAUCCAGCGACACGAUAACGCUUGAAACGCAGUAUCUGAAAUAAACAAGGACAAACAAUGUUCAAGUGCUGUAGAUGUACUAGCUCGAAGGGGUCGCGAUCGAACACUGACUCAGAUUCGAACGACACUCCGACAGCAUCGCGGAAGUCAGUCGAAGCGAAAGCGGACGAUAAAAAAGAAAUGUCACCGAAAGAGAUCAAAGCAAAUGGUGAUGUACCGCGAACGGAGGAGACGGAAGAAAUAAAGGAAACUCCGACCGAAUCGGCCUUUGAAACAGAGACUCACUCUGUAACAGAGAUUCAUCCUGUAACGGAAGCUCAUGCUGUAACGGAGACGCCCUCUGUAACGGAGGCUCACUCUGUAACAGAGGCCUCCUCCGAACAGCAGGAUAAAGGAAACGGCGGUACUGAGGAUAAGCAAGAGUCGGGCUUACCGAAAGCAGCAGAGAUCGAGAUAAACAAAGACGGUGUAAACAUAGGCGACACGGAAGAAAAGUCGGACUCGAGCACAACGGAAGAAAAAAUGGUUCACGAAGCCGAUGAACGCGAGGAGAAGCCAGAUCUCUCCGUCGUUAAGGAGAAGGCAGACCUUGCGAAGGGUGAGUCGUCGUUCUGCGGUUCCGUAAUGAGAGAAUACGAGCAAGUGGCCGAGAAAGUCGGCCUUUACAACGAAAGCCAGACCGCCGACGAUGGAAUUGAGCUUAGUGGUCCCGUAUGGGAUCAAGCAGACAGCAGCACGGCCGCGGUUAAAGUCACACCCUACUCCACCAAGACGAAUCUUUACUGCAACUCAGGAUACAUAGAGAGGACGAUCGAUGACGGGCCGGAUGACGAAGGCGACGACUCGGUUUUCGAGGCUGGUCCAGGCGAGAACGACGUGGCUAGUAAGGCUAAUGACACAACAUUUUCGGAAGGAUUGGUCGAGACGAUCGUGAACGACGAAAAGGAUAUUUCACCGAACGCUAUUAUGAAAAACAACGAUGUGCCACAGGUGGAGGAGACGGAAGUAAUUCCGCUCGAGUCUGCCUUGGCUCACCCUGUAACGGAGGCCCCGGCUGAGCAACAGGACGAAGAAAACGACGAUGCUGAGGAUAAGCGAGAUUCGGGCUUAACGGAAGAAGCAGAGGCUGAUAAAAGCAAAGACGACGUGGCUGAUAACGCGCAACCAGUUGGCCUGCUCUCAGACUGGAUCUCGCAGCAGCACGAUCCUCUGGAGAAGAAUGGCGAGCACGUGCAAGAAGGAUGGAGCGGCAUGCAGGAGCCGCCGGCGACACCAGUUGCUCGCGACGAGCUCGCCCUGAGACGGCACAGAUUCUUCUCCGAGUUGUUGCAAGUCGCGCAGAACACGGAGCACAGAGUCAGGUUCGACCCGCUAGGACCGAGGGUGCAUACCGGUUGCGGUGAAAUUGGCGACAGGGAGGAAUAUCUGGAGCAAUUGGUGAAUCGAUUGGAGGACGUCACGAAACGACUUGAGAAAGUGCCGAUACCUUCAUUGGUGCAGACUCAAGAUACUUCCGUGCAAGUACCCUCACCGAAGUCUACGCCGAUAAAAAGUAACUCUACGCAGAACUCACCAGAACCUCCAUCGAAUCCAGUUUGUGCGAGUGAACAGAUAAUACUACAACAGCCUACAAGCAUGUCCGUAGAAGGAUUCAAAGAUCUCCUGGUCGGACCGGUUAGGGAUUACAUAGCAUUAAGCCAGAAGAUCGGUGGCGAUGUAGCUACUCAAAGCAAGCUCGUAGAGAAAGCUUUCCACUUUCAGCUGUACUACGUAGAUACAGCGGCGAGCCGUGCAGCGCCAGUGAACCAGUCCGAACUUGCGAAUAUGCUUGAGCCUUUAUCCGGGCAGAUUCAGCAGAUUCAGGAAUUUCGUGAGAAAAAUCGUGGAUCCCCGUUCUUCAAUCACCUAUCGGCGAUCAGCGAAAGUAUCCCCGCUCUGGGAUGGGUCACGGUAAUACCUACACCGGCUCCGUUCGUGAAAGAGAUGAACGACGCCGGCCAGUUUUAUACUAAUCGUGUAUUGAAGGAUUGGAAAGAGAAAGACAAAAUACAUAUAGACUGGUGUAAAGCGUGGAUACAAACGUUGACCGAUCUGCAGCAGUACAUCCGUCAACACCACACGACAGGCUUGGUAUGGGGAAAAGCUAGCGUCGCACCAAUAGGAAUACCACCUCCUCCACCUCCCUCGAUGCCAAUCGGAGACGUUGCACCGCCUAUGAUCAAUGACGAUAGGAGCGCUCUUUUCGCACAGAUCAAUCAAGGAGAAGAUAUCACAAAGAAUUUGAAGAAAGUCACUUCGGAAAUGCAGACGCAUAAAAAUCCCUCUCUGAGAGCUGGACCCGCGCCGUUCAAAGCUCCGGCAAUCGCCAGUGUGACGCCGAUGAAGAACGUGUUACCGGCGAACGCGCCUAUCGACAAAGCACCUGUAUUUACUAGAGAUGGCAAGAAGUGGCUUGUGGAGUAUCACAAAGGCGAAAAUAUAGUGAUCGAUAAUGUGGAGAUGAACAAUGUAGUUUACAUGUUCCGGUGCCAAGACAGCACACUCACCGUCAAAGGCAAGGUGAAUUCCGUCGUGAUGGAUUCCUGUCGCAAGUCGUCUGUUGUAUUCGAUUCCCUCGUGUCCAGCAUUGAGUUCGUCAAUUGUCAAAGCGUGCAAAUGCAGGUCCUUGGAAAAGUACCUACGAUCUCGAUUGACAAAACUGACGGCUGUCAAAUGUAUUUAAGCGCGGACUCUCUGAGUGUAGAACUCAUCACCAGUAAAUCUAGCGAAAUGAAUGUCAUGGUUCCCAAAGCCAACGGAGAUUACAUUGAGUACCCAGUACCGGAGCAGUUUAAAACUACCAUCAGCCCGAACGGUCUGAACACCAUGGCUGUUGAUUCACUCGGCUAGAAGCGCAUUGAAUUACGAUUAUGCAUAUAGCCUACGCAUCUCUCCUUAACAACAUAACUCACUAAAGGUAUCAUCGUCCAAGAGACAUCAAUUUAUUAAUAUUCUUACUAUUAUUAUUUAUUAUUCUUCUUGUGGAUAGUGCGUAGCUAAGGGAAUGAAAAAGACAAAUCUGAUACUGUAUGUUUUGCUUGCGACGUGCGACGAAUAUUAUUUCGAUCGCACGUACGACUGCGUGCCCAAUGGUAACGAGCUAUUGUGAUGAAACGCAGUCGGUGAUAAGCGAUAAUAAUGUAUCCACUAAAGUAUUGCUUGAAAAAUCUUAUGUCGUCUGAGAAUAUCUUUCUAAAUCGUUAAAUUGUCGGGGGUACGUGAAUUCUAUCGAUUCACUGGGUCAGACAUCUUGAAUCAAGAUGAUCGAUUUUCGCGAAGGUCACUGUGAGCUCGUUUAACAACUGUAAUAUAUGCGUAUCUAUAGAAGUGUCUGAAUUAUUAUAUGAAAUUUCAUUUUUUGUAUCUCCAUGUGCGUUCAGGUACUCGCAUAUCGAGAUCGAGAGGAAGGAGAUGUUGCGAUGGUGUGUUAUGUAUGGACAAAAGUUUUUAUCGUCUUCGAGAGUCGCUCUUUUAUACAUUUACACCAUUUUCUAUCAUACAAGAACUUUUGCUCAAACCUGUCGUCGCACAGAAUUUAGCCCGCUACACCGGGCGGAACGAGCGUUGUACACAUAUAUAGCUAGCAGGAAACGGGAUUACUAGGCCUCUCCGAACAUUACUCCGCGAAUGUCGGACACCACCGUCAAUAGUUCGAUAUUGCUUUGCCUCUAAAGUAUUGCGCUGUCGAGUUCAGUAUUGUACGACAUACUUAGAAAGGGGAAUUCCAAUAAUCGGGUACGUGAAUUUGAAACUUAACGGAUGCGCGAUGUUUAAUGAGGGCUACUCGUUAGUAUUAAUAUAACUUGAAUACAGCACAGUAUUAAACUGUGAAAGAACGUGUCUAUAAACACGAGCAACAGCGACAUCAUCAUAAACAAACCGUCUUGGCAAACCGUUUGUCUAUGUUGCACAAUUCAUUGUAAUAAACACAUAAUUAUUUAAUCUAGACUAUUUUUAACUUAACAAUAGUAUCGUGAAGAGACAUCGUCAUUUACAAGCGCUUCUGUUUCAAUGUCCGAUUAUAUACAAUAUAAUCACUAUUUUCCGUUAUAGAUAUAAUUUUUGGUGAUGAGUAACUAAUAAAUCUAAUAAAAGUGAAGUUAUA